AUGAGUCACCCAGAGGAAACGGAGUCAUUGCUUGAUGUGACUCUUAAAAAGUAUCCAAAGGAAUCUAUGAAGAAGGUUUUCAACCUCAGAUUAUUUAUUGUUACAAAAACUUCACCAGAACCUAAAAAAGAAAAUAUUUGCAACUACUUAAACAAAUGGUGCGGACAAUCUGAAGUCGAUCCUAUCCUUGGUAUGUCAUAUUUAUAUCCAGGAUGCACAAUUCAUCUUCUUCAGAGUAGUACUGAAAAAAUGUUUACAUUUUUAAGAGCAUUAAAGACAGAUAAAGAUGUUCAUGAGUUAUGGCCAAUCAAAAUCCUUCUUUCGACAGAUAAUGUUCCACCAGACACAUUCAAAUUUUAUCAUAUUGUCCAAAUAGAAACCCUUAAACAAGAUUCAUUUACAGCAAAUGCACCAAUUGAAAUAUCUAUUGCAGAAGUAUAUAAUGCAUUCCUGUCUUUAACUGAAUCUCUCAGUUCAAUGGGUGAUCAAAAGCGCAAAGACGCUCUUGAGAACCUCCUUCGUGAAUAUAAUAUAUUUUUACCAGCCGACUUUAGAGUACUCGGAUUUGCUGAAAAUAAGGAAGUUUGUUUGCUUGAUGAAUACCUCGAAAUAUUUGAUAGCCCUGUUACAUGGUCUCCAGCUCUUGAAACAUCAUGGCCACCGCCUAAGCGCCAUGACCUUAAGGAUAUUGAGUUCAUCUCAGAAGUUGAUAGCGAUGAACAAAAGGCAGGUCAGUAA